AUGGAGCGUUUCCAGUUGGUACAUAUGUUGUGCUGUACCUUUCUUUACUUCACUGUGAACGCAAAAUUACAAUCUCAAGUAAGUCUAGGUUUAAAUCAGGUUUCCUGUGGUUGCCAUGGAAGGGAUGGGCGUGAUGGAAGAGACGGCUUGAGUGGAAGGGAUGGUGUUAAGGGUGACCAAGGUGAUCAAGGAACAGUUGGCCAGAAAGGCGAACCGGGAGUAUGCGAUGUACAAGAACUUGAGGCGAUCAAGUCAAAGCUGGAAAAGCUAACUCAAGAAUUAGGAACACUCAGAAACCAAUCUAAGCAGCUGACACGCCCCGAUAAAGAAACGAAGUGUCGACAAGGCCUUCACUUCUUUGAGAAAUUCAAAGAAAUUCCCACAACAGGAGUAUCAGAUGUCAAAUCGUUUUGGAUCGGUAAUGACCAAUUUCUGGUAUUUGCAAGCUAUUAUGGGGACAAUGCUGGCCAUGAAGCGGAGUCUGUUGUUUUUGAGAUAAAGAACGGGCAAUUUAUUAAAAACCAGACGCUGGCAGCCCGCGGUGGUUAUUACAUCGAGCACUUUACGAUCGAUAAAGAGCAUUACAUGGCCAUCGCAAACCGAGAGGACAGCGUAACUGGCUGGAAACUCAACUCAAUCAUUUACAAGUGGAGCAGACAUCGGUUUGAAGUGUUCCAGAUGUUUCCAACCAAUGGUGGGUCUGGCUUUAAGUUUUUCACGAUCGAUGGAGACCAUUACUUGGCUGUUGCAGAAUUUCAUGAUAGAAGCACUCAUUCAGUUGACUCUUCACUAUAUAAAUGGAAAAGAGGAAGAUUUGAAAAAUACCAGAACUUUCCAACACAUGGAGGAGUGGCUUGUGAUUCAAUUGUGAUCGCUAACGACACAUAUCUUGUCUUCGCCAACCAACGUAGCCCUCAGGGAAACCAUGACGCGGAAUCUACCGUAUAUAAGUGGUCAGGAGGUCACUUUCUAAAGUUUCAAACAAUGAAAGCCCGCGGUUCUUUUAGUACCAAGUUCUUUCAAGUUGGUGACCAUGUCUUUCUCGGAUUCGCAAGUUCUCGCAGCACAAAAUCACCUCUCUUUAAAUGGGAUGGCUCAAAAUUUACCUUGUUUCAAGAUAUUCCAACUCGUUUUGCCAUGGAGCUAUGCCUGUUUGAAGUGAAUGGUGACGUGUUCCUCGCUGUUGCCAAUUAUAACGAAGGCAAAUCAUUUGUGUACAAAGCUUCUGGCGCACAGUUCACUCACUACCAAGAUUUGGAAACACAGGGUGCUCGAGGAGUGCACGCCUUCGUUCAUGAAGGCGAGCAAUACCUUGUGUUUGCUAAUUACUGGAAAAACAAAAAAUACAACAUCGAUAGCUUUGUCUAUAAGUUUGUGUAAACUUUGCUGAGAAAUCCUAUUGACAUUACUGCAUGGGUAAAACGACCCAACAAGCGUCAUAUCGUAAAUUUGACGAUAUAAAAAAAUCCUUCGGAUGAGCAUGUUCUAACUACCCAAUUUUUUUUCAUCUGAGUAGCUCUGAAACUUAAGAUAAUAGGAUUAGAUGAUUAAUCGAUUGAGUAAUUGAUAAGUUACCAUUCGACUAACUGACUGAAAGACUGUUUUUCGCCUAAGUGCGCAAUUGACAAAAGUCCUAGCACGGCCUGUCAGCCUCUCGUAACUAGUCUUAAUGGCAAGUCCUAGGCUUCGGGGAAAGUAUUUCUCAAUUCUCGUGAAAUGGAAAAGCGAAGCAUAGAUUAUGCUAAGUAGUUAGAUCUAUUUAUCGACAAUUAUUGGCUUAUCAAGAAAGUGAUACGACUGUAACGAAAGAGCCUUGCUGACGUCGUUCGUUUAACUGUAGUCAUUUAGUGAUGCCCUCAGAGGGUGAAAAGUUCAAAAUUUAAAAAUGAGCGUGCCGUUUUUCCUUGUAACCUCACAAGAAUGUCAUCAAUA